AUGGAAUCCGAUCUCAGAUUCUCCGAUGUCGUGCUGGCGGGCCUUUCGACGGAAGACGAAAGGGGCAACAGGGUUUACCAAGCCGUCAACCGGAGCACCGGCGGGUUGCUCCUCGUGAAGGAAUUCUGCAGCGGCAAUAACCCUCUCAAAAUUGCAGAAAUCCGCCGCGAGAUCGAAAUCUUGAAGCUCUUGGAUCAUCCAAACAUCUUGAAAUGCUACGGCGCGUUCGACAUGGGCGGCGGUACGAUCCGUCUUUUCCUCGAGCACAUCCGCGGCGGCGGACGAACCCUCGCCGGUUACAACGUCCCGAGUGAACGCGAGGUCGCCACCGUCGCCCGCCAAGUUCUCCUCGGGCUGCGGUAUCUUCACGAGAAAGGGAUCUCGCACGGAGAUCUCAAACCCUCGAACAUCUUCGUCGAUUUCGGGAAGCCGACGGUCAAGGUUUUGUAUCCGGGGAAGAUUCUCGCCGGCGAUGAAGUGGUGGUGCCCCAAGACGCCGGAGCCGUCCACGAUGAGUUCAGUUGGGAUGUUUGGAGCGUGGGUUUGUGCAUCCUGAAGCUGGUCAGGGGAUCGAAUGUGCAGAAGCCAUCAAUGGCGUUGUUGGGUUUUCUGUCGAGUUGUAUGCAGGCUGAGAAGGAUGUGUCGAAUAGAUGGAGGGUCCAGGAUCUUCUCGAAAGCUCCUUUUUGAAACAGCCGUAUGUCGUGUUGCCAAAGCUAGAAUUUUCUGCUUCACAUGCUUCUGCAUCAACUCUAUCUCACAAAGGAGAGCAAAAUAGCCCGAAAAAAAAGUCUUCAGUAACUUCUAUGGCUGUCGAGCAGGUCCCAAAGGAAGUGAAAACCUCAGAAGACCCUUUAGGGAUAGUACCUCAGAUUCUUGAGAGAUGCUAUCUGCAUUGUGUCAUGUUACUUACAGAUUGUGAAUUCGAAAAGAGUAAAUUGGUACAGAUGUGGAUUGCCGAAGAGUGCAUCGAAUUCGAUGAGACAAAAAUUAUGGAGGAUGUAGCUACCUUAUACUUCGACGAGUUAGUGUAUCAAGAGCUUGUAGUCCCUUCGAGCUUUGAUCCUCUUUACGAAAAAAUGAGAUACAAGGUGAACUCAUCGAAAUCUCCCACUUUGAUUGCAGAACAAGGUAGCUAUACUAGAAUAGGCGAAAGUGAUAUGGAUAAAAUUCCUCGAGAAGCCUUGCAUUUGAUAUGGGAUUGCAAAAGACACGACCAAACCAUAUUUGAUGCUCUCAAAAAUCUGAAGCAGUUACGCACUCUGCGUGUGCAUGUGUAUUGCAGUGUUCGAAUCGAUCAUUUACUCAGUGACAUUUUUGUGUCCUUAAAGUUGUUAAGGACAUUGGAUUUGAGCCACACUCAGAUAUUCGAAAUACCAGGUUCGAUUAGAUUAAUAGAAGGAUUGCGAUAUCUUGAUAUCUCUGAGACACCUGUCAAGCAGCUACCUCAGUCAAUCGACUGUCUUUAUUCUCUACAGACGCUAAAUCUCAGAGAUUGCUUCGAAAUUUCUGCUUUGCCGAAGGGGUUAGGUCGGUUAACGAACCUUCGUCAUCUUGAUCUUAAUGUUAUCGGUCAAUUGGAGUUUAUGCCUAUUGGAAUGGGAAAUUUAGUUAAACUUCAAACUUUACAGGCAUUCAUUGUCGGUAAAAACGAUGGUUGUGGCAUUGGGGAGCUGAAAAACAUGAACGAUAUUACGGGUUCUUUUUGUAUUUUGAAGCUCGAAAAUGUGUUGAGUGUGGAGGAAGCAAAGAAAGCUGCAUUGUGUGAUAAAAAACGGAUCGAUAAACUGGAGUUGAGAUGGCAAGUAGUUUGCAGUUCCAUAGAGGUAAUGGAAAUCUUGGAAUGUUUAAACCCACAUUUUAGCCUAAAAGAGUUGCAGAUAACGCAUUACGGUGGUUUGAAGCUCCCGAGUUGGAUAACCGAUCCUUCUUACGCUUAUCUCGCUAGCAUUACUCUCUACAAGUGUAUGAAUUGUGAUAUAUUGCCUCCCCUUGGAAAACUACCUUCUCUUAAGAUUCUCCACAUUGUGGAGAUGAAAAGUUUGACGAAAAUCGACACGCUAUUCUGUCGAGAUUCUGGAGUUAAAGUACUCGAUGAUGUAUCUCUUAAGCUAGAGAAUGCUUUUUCGAAGCUAGAGAAAUUGACGAUUGAGAAUAUGUCGGAGCUUGAAAAAUGGACAGUCAUAGAGGAUGGGGACUUUCCGUGCCUUAGCCAUGUUUCGGUUAGAUACUGCCCGAAACUUUAUUUUCUACCGUCAUUUUCGUGUCUGCGCUCGCUACAGCAUUUGGAAAUAAACAACUGUGUGAAGCUGCUUUCCUUGCCGGAAGGUUCGUUGCCGGCAUCACUCGAGACUGUGAUAAUAAAAGGAUGUCCGAAUAUAAACGAGCGGUGCCGCAAGGAUGGAGGAGGAGAGGACAGUUUCAAGAUUGCAGAGGUUAAAAAUGUGUGGAUUGAUUUUGAAAAUAUUUCUUUGAAUUGA